GUUCGGGGAGGAGCCGUGGGGACUCUCUGUCUCCACGACCGGGCCCCGACUGUGCUGCCCCAGGGGCCUGGAGUCGCCCCCCAACCCUCCAUCCCCACGAGGCCAGAAAGUAUAAGGGUUCGAGGCUCGGCCCCAGAGUGACUUGAACGAGUCGCGGUCCCCGCAAGUCCAUCCUGGGGCGAGGGGACCGCGCUGUUCAGUUUCCUCGGGGUUCAUUCAUUAGUUCCACACAUAGAUGGCACGUUUCUCCUACGUGCCGGGCACAGAUCUGGGCACUUGGGGAUGCAAACCGAACAAGCCAGACAGACAAGACUCCUGCCCGCAUGGAGUGUACAGUCCAGCGGCAGGAGACGGCCGGUGACGGGGGGGUCACGCAGCACAAUGCCAGCUCUGCCCCUGGACCAACUCCAGAUCACCCACAAGGACCUGAAGACAGGAAAGCUGAGGACAUCACCAGCGCUGCACCCCGAGCAGAAGGCAGACCGGUAUUUUGUGUUAUACAAACCGCCCCCUAAAGACAACAUUCCCGCCCUAGUGGAGGAGUACCUGGAACGCGCCACCUUCGUAGCCAAUGACCUCGACUGGCUCCUGGCCUUGCCUCACGAUAAAUUCUGGUGCCAGGUCAUCUUCGACGAGACCCUGCAGAAGUGCCUGGACUCCUACCUGCACCAUGUUCCCCGGAAGUUCGACGAGUGGGUGGCCCCGGCCCCCGAGGUUGCUGACAUGCAGAAGCGUCUCCACCGCAGUGUUUUUCUCACCUUCCUCCGCAUGUCCACUCACAAGGAAUCCAAAGAUCACUUCAUUUCCCCCUCUGCAUUCGGAGAAAUCCUCUACAAUAACUUCCUGUUCGACAUCCCAAAGAUCCUGGACCUCUGCGUGCUCUUUGGAAAAGGCAACUCGCCGCUGCUCAAGAAGAUGAUAGGAAACAUCUUUAACCAGCAGCCAAGCUACUACAAUGACCUGGAUGAGAGCAUGCCCACCAUCCUUCAGGUCUUCAGCAAUAUCCUCCAGCACAGCGGCUUGCAGCGAGACGGGGCCAGCUCCACACCCCAGAAGCUUGAAGAGCGGGGCCGGUUGACCCCCAGUGACAUGCCUCUCCCGGAGUUAAAGGACAUUGUUCUCUACCUUUGUGACACCUGCACUACGCUCUGGGCCUUUCUGGACAUCUUCCCUUCGGCUUGCCAAACCUUCCAGAAACACGACUUCUGUUACAGACUCGCUUCCUUUUACGAAAUAGCAAUUCCCGAGCUGGAGUCUGCAAUUAAGAAGAGGAGGCUUGAAGACAGCAGGCUGCUGGGUGACCUGUGGCAGAGGCUGUCCCACUCCAGGAAGAAGCUGCUGGAGGUUUUUCACAUCCUCCUGUACCAGAUCUGCCUUCUCCCCAUCCUAGAAAGCAGCUGUGACAACAUUCAGGGCUUCAUCGAAGACUUCCUCCAGAUCUUCAGCUCUUUGCUGCAGGAGAAGAGGUUCCUCCGGGACUACGAUGCGCUCUUCCCGGUGGCCGAUGACGUCAGCUUGCUGCAGCAGGCCUCGUCCGUCUUAGAUGAGACACGGGCUGCCUACAUCCUCCAGGCGGUUGAGAGUGCAUGGGAAGGGGUGGACCGACGGAAACCCACAGACGCGAAAGACCCCCCAGGGGCCGAGGAUCUUAAUGGCGUCGGGGCGACCGCGGAGCCAGUCAGUGGACCGGCCUCACAUCCGGAGAACUCGGAGGAGGAGGAGUGCUUGGGGGCCGCUGCCGCCCUGGGCCCCCCGGUGAGUGGCGUGGAGCUGGACUCGCUCAUCUCCCAAGUGAAGGACCUUCUCCCGGACCUCGGGGAGGGCUUCAUCCUGGCCUGCCUGGAGCACUGCGGCUACGACCCGGAGCAGGUCAUCAACGACAUCCUGGAGGAGCGGCUGGCCCCUGCCCUCCGCCAGCUGGACCGCGGCCUGGACAGACAGAUAAAACCCGACCCGACGCCUCUGCUGACAUCGCCUUUUUAUUUCUUGUGGCCUUUUUCGUUUGCUCAGUUUGAGUUCUCGGGGCCUGUGGAGUCUCAGCAGGGACUCAGUGGACCUGAGCCGGGUACACAAGGGCAGGAGCAUAAGCAGAUCGGCGUCAUUCUUGAGAGCUGCCGCACGCGUGCAGUGGUAGAGGUGUGGCCCAGUGUGGUGGUGGAGGAGGUAGGUGCCGGGCUGCAGGGCUAUGAGCAGUACCGUGUGGUGGUGGAGGAGGUGCCGCUGCAGCCAGGCGAGGGCCUGUCCUACCGCGGCGAUGACUAUGAGGAUGAGUAUGACGACACGUAUGAUGGCAACCAGGUGGGCGCCAACGAUGCCGACUCCGACGAUGAGCUCAUCAGCCGCAGGCCCUUCACCAUCCCUCAAGUGCUAAGAACCAAAGUGCCCACAGAAGGGCAGGAGGAGGAUGACGAGGAGGAGGAGGAAGCUGAAGACGAGGCCCCCAAGCCCGACCAUUUUGUGCAGGACCCUGCGGUGCUACGGGAGAAGGCAGAAGCCAGGCGCAUGGCCUUUCUCGCCAGGAAGGGGUACCGACAUGACAGCUCAGCAGCUGUGGCCGGCAGCCCCCGGGGCCACGGGCAGAACCGUGAGACCACCCAGGAACGCAGGAAGAAGGAAGCGAACAAGUCGACACGAGCCAAUCACAACCGGAGAACCAUGGCCGACCGCAAACGAAAUAAAGGCAUGAUUCCCUCCUGACGCCGCCACGCCAGGGCCCGCGAGGAGGCAGCGGUGCCGAGCUGUUUCCAGAGCUCGAGGCCUCCUCGCCAGAGACCCAAGUUCACCUCGACCCCUCAGCCGCCUCAGCUUUGCAGCCCCUGAGAAGGCCGCCUCGUUGUCCACCAGCCAGCCGUGAGCACCCUCUUGCAGAACACACAGUGCCUUAUCCCACAGCAGGGGAGCCGGGCCAGCAGCGGGCAGAGGGGAGGGACAGAGCCCCAAGGCGAGGCCCAAAACCUCUUGCAGGCAGACACCGCUUCCCUUUUCUCUGGAGAGCAGGAAACCUGUGUAUCCAAACAAAAGGCCUGCGAAUAGAAUAAAGCGUUUGACCCUUUUAAGCAAUCAUCCAUGACGUGCCCGUGACCCGCCGUCCCCGUGUCCCAUCCUCCCGUGACAGCCACUGAGGAGGGCAGGACGUCACCGGGUCCUUCCCAUCAGCCUCUCGUGCUUGCCUCACGCGGCCCCCCUCCCGAUGCCGCUCUGCCUUGCUGUGUGUCCCCGGGAACAUCGCUCCCUUCUCUGAACCUCCAGCUCCUGCUUGUGGAAGGAAGGCCUCGGGUGUGAGGCCCUGCAGUCCUGACUGUUCUUUAGUCCCCACCACCUGCCCCCGCGGAGGCAGGCCCCGUGGUCAGCCCCAGAGCACAGGUGAGGAAGGGGAGGCUCUGAGCUGACGGCGCCGGCCUGGGCCAUAGCUAGGAAGUGGGCCAACAGGGAUGGACACGCAGGCGGACCCCUGGCCUCUGUCAGGCCCCCGGCCCCCUGGGUGGUGUCACCUCCGUCUCUGCUGGCCUGAGGACGCUUGGCCAGCGCAGAGCCCAGACCAGAACUCAGUGCCUCCUGGUUGUGCGUGUACCAUAAAUCCUACAGAAAUGAGGGGUCGGAGAUCAGAAGAAGCAAGUGAGGAUGUUACUGCCAGGCCCUGUUGGAGCGAGUGGGACUUGGGCCUGGUUCCCCAGAGCCCCCUCCCCGGCAUGGCCAACUGGCUCCGAGCGGAUUCCCGGGCCUUCAGAAUGUGGCUGCACAAUGGCGGGUCAGCAGGCUGAUCCGAGCAGCGGGAGCCGGGCCCCUGCCCAGCUGGGCCUUGAUGAUCGCCCUGGUUGCCAGGACAGUUCAUUUGCAUGUGGUCAGGAUGAGCCUCUGAAGCAGACAGGCCCCUGACAGAUUGGUUGUGUGCGGUCAGCCCGCUCGAGUGAAAAUCAAUGGCCGUUCUCCGCGUCGCGCCCGGUCUCUGGGUGCGUUGGAGAUGCAGAGCUGACCUGGGGGCGAUGUCCUCCCCUCGCGAUGCUGAAUUAGCUGAGAUCAGGCCCUGGGCAGCCACCCCGCCAGGCGGCAGGAGGACUAUUUCCUCCCGCCGGCAUUUGCCAGGGCAGGGACGGGGGGCUGCUCUUUUUCUGUCACUGGCCCAGCUCGUCCCUGGAGCAAAGGGAGGCGGGUCAGGGGAGCUCCCGGCCUUAACGUGUCCUACCUGUUACUGUCCACUUGGCCCCUCUCACUUUCACUCUGCCGUCUGCACCUCCUCACCACCAGAGAGGUGUCCAGGCCGCACCCGCUUCCUGGUUUAAAGGCCUUGAGAAGACAGAAGGGAUUUUUCCAAUUUUCCAGAACGUCCCGCCAGGCCAAUUGAGCCUCCCUGGGGGAUCUGCAUGCUUUCUCAUUCCAGAUCUUGAGAGCACCCUUUCAGGGAUGCUUUGAAAACAGCUCAGGGUCAUGCAGAAUGGUGCUGGCAGGCACACCCCUUCGCCUCAUAGGGUCUCAGUUUUCUCAUCUGCAAAGUGGGUACAUUGGCCCAGAUGAAUGGUUUUACACUUGGUGCCUGUUAAAUCCUCCGAGGUAGCCCCCAGGUUUAAGACGGGCAAUAGCAGACGUGCUCUAAGUGAAGUGGGACGGGGGCCCUGAACCCUGCCCACUGGCUCAUGGGGUCCAACCACUCCUGCUUCUGAAGCAAGAAUUUCCAAGUGCCUUCUCUGUUCCCUGGCAGAGAACAUGACCAUGACAGGCCUUUCCCAGGAAGCUUUUAAGACCUUGUGCCUCUGAGAGAGACUCGUGUUUGUUUCUGGUCCGUGAGUGGCGAUGACGGUUAGCAUGUUUGCUUGGACAGCGCUUCUGUGCUGCGAGUGGGUGGACAGAGCGCGUCAUUGUUUAUAGAAGGGAGCCGGGAGCACAGGGAGUGACUUGCCCGGGGCCCAGGGCGAGUUAGCGGCAGGGCCUGCAGCAGAGCCUUUCUGGGGGCCCCUGAGCCAGCAGGUGCAGCCGGGGGAGGAAAUGGUUGUCAAGAACCUGCCUGUCCCUGUUACACCAAGAGCUUGGGGUAAAUAAUACAGGGAGGGAAUAAAACUAAAAACAAACCCACUUAAAAUGCCGGGGGGUGGGGGGGCAUGGAACACCCCUUUUAUAUGUCAGUGAAACGAUGCUAGCCACAUGGGAAACUAAAUAUUCAAGAAUGAUGUUUUUUAAAGUUUGAAAGCAGAAUACAUGCUGGUGAAAAUGUAAAAAA